UCUGUGCGCGGCGGCAGCUGUAGUAGUAGUAGUCGUAGUAGUGACGUCUCUGAGAGAUGCUGUCUGUCAAGGCAAGCCCAUGAUUUCCGCUAGCGUGGUUGUGGAAGGUGGCGCUGGGGUGGCUCCGGCCUCUGGCAGACCAAUGACUUUCGUCGAGCCCUUCCUGCUAAGCAACAAGACUUCUCCGCCGGAGUUCCUGCGCCCUCUGCCCAAAGCAGCACCCCUCGUGUCCCCACGCUACAACGGGUCAGCCCCGCCACUGAACGGAUGUCGGGUGCCCCCUGGCCGCAAGUUUCCGCCUCAACCUGACGCGGCUGCAGUGAACUUUGUCAGCAAGGAGGAAGAGGACUCUCCAUAUCGAGGGUUGUACCCACCGCCUCCUAGCUACCACUACCCUGGGGGGCCGUACGGGGCACUAUAUCCCGGACAUUACACCCCGCUGCUGCCCCCCUACAGCCCCUUACAGCCGUCUUGCAGCCCCCCUGUGAAACCUGGCCAGUCACUACUACGUCCCGGAAAGGAAGGGUCCCUGAAACACCGGAUCCUGACACGACCUCCUGACCCUCCGAAACGGCACACGGUAGCCCCCCACAACACGAACUUUACCAAAGGGUCCCUGAUACAGCUGGCCAGCGGUGAACUGCGGCGCGUAGAGGACAUGCGCACUGAGGACUUCGUGAGUUCGGCGGAGAAGAGCCCGGCGCUACGGUUGGACCCUAGCACCGUGGUGCGGAUACAGGAGGGGUCCGGGGGCACGGCCCGACUCACCCUGAGCUACGGCGAACACAGUACUCAGGUGGAGUUUGAGUCAGCGCUGGAGCACCCAUUCUUCGUGUUUGACCAGGGGUGGGCAUCUUGCUACCCACAGCGGACACUUCAGUGCUAUGGACUCAAAUGUCACCAGCUGCAAGUGGGUGAUGUGUGUAUAUCCCUGACACCCCGGACUAAGAACACCAAAAGAGCAGAGAACCCCCGUAAGCGACGGUGGUCUGCCCCUGACCAGUUUUGUAAUGAUGAGGAUGUGCUGCCGGCAUCAGUUUCCAUGAAGAGAAAAAAGUACUGAGUGUUGCAACACUACCUCAGUGUGUGUUCCUAUAUAAUGUACUGUGUCACUGUGCAGGGAAAUGAAUACUUUGAAGUGUGUGUGUGUGUGUGUGUGUGUGUGGAAGGAAGUCCAUUGGUGGUUCAACUUGUUGAGGCUGAGACUUGCUAAUGAGUCACUGUUAUGGAAUGACACAUUGGUAAGUUGCUCUUAUUCCUGGUCUGCAGACUCUGUGACUUGCUAAUGAGUCAUUCUUCCCUAAGAAGUUACAAAAUGACAAAUUGGUGAGUCUCUUAGUCUCCAGGCCUACAUACGCUGUGGAAUGACAUAUGUAUUAUUUGUUCUGCCCCAGACCCGUGGGUUAUGCUACUCAUGGGGGAAUUGCUUUGCUCUCUGUACAGGUUUAGUUAGAUCCACCUGUGAUCCACACUGGUAUGAAUAUUGUUUUCAAAAUCAAUAAUAUCGAUGAUAUUUGAACAAAACAUAUAUUUAUAGCUGUGCAUUACCUGUAUUAAAAAAGAAAAACUUGUCUUACUGA